GACUUGACUAGUCCAUAACAAAGAAAUAUCAUUCUACUUCCAUUUUCUAUAACUGCAACCACAAUCUGUUCACAAACAAACAAACAUGAUCAUAUUCUCAUAUUCAUUCUAUGGUUCAUCUUCUUAUGCACCCCUCUUACUCAUCAGCACAUCCUACACUUUGGCACAGCAUACUUUCUCAUGAUGAAAAGCAUUCCAUUCUACAAAGUAUGCAAACUUCUGGAUGAAUUGGAAGGUCUCCUUUGCAGGGCAGUGCCAUUACUUCCUGAUGUUCGAAUUCAAAAGAUGGGCCACGCCUGGAUCAGUUGGUUUAAACUUCAUCGCGAUACCUUGGAUGCUAUGCAUAAAGAUGAUCCUUCUGUCCUAUUCACUCUCAAGCCCGAAGCCCUAGAUGAUCGGGACUAUGAUUUUAAUCAAGUUACCUUCGAACGCUUCAUUGCCAGAACUUUUUAUAUGACUGUCGAACAACGUGCUAAGUUCGAGAGUUUUGCCGAGAAUGGACGCUAUAUUUCUGUGCCAAACCCUAAAGGUGGCUGCAAUGAUAUAGUCAGGAACGACAUAGGCUAUCAUGUAGAACGGAUAAUGAAGGAGAAGGUCGGGACACGGACCAGGUCAGUAUAGCAUCGCCGAAGGGGAACUAUCCUCCUGAAAUUAUCCAUGAAUGGACUCAAGUUUCGGUUACGUAAAGUAUCAUCCGAGGGAUAUUAAUGUGCUGUACGCAUUUACCGAUUAACUUUACUGAAAUGUUAUGACAGGGGACAAUUUUUUCAUACAAGAACGUCACCGUGGAAGAGAUAAAGGAUUCGCUGCUGCUCAAAGUGAACGGUCAUCACCUGCUAUAAGAUCUCUCGCCCAGUCCAUUGAUAAGUGCACCUGAAUCGUCUUGAAGAAAUAUACUUGAGACUUCAAGGACCCCAAGCCAAAUGGCUUACCCGUAUUAUCCACAAGGACUUUGGGUUCGUAGUUCCAGAUGAGAUGGUACUUUCAGCAUAUCACACCAGUUUUCCUCGGUAUCUACAAGUGACCGCGAGGUUCGGUAUUAAAGGCCUGCUGCCUAUCCGAAGAGAUGGUCAGACUAGGAUGAUCUUUGGACAUCCACCUCCGCAAACAGCUCAGGAGAUCCGAUCAAAAGACGAAGUAGGUAUAGGUCCCUCGAUCGCGCAAUCUACAAAAUCCGUUCAGCAGCUAGUUUCACCUCCAGCAUCUAGGCCUUCCCCUUUAGCUGAAUCUACAACGUCAUCUUUGAACGUGACGCAAAGACCGACGCAACAAAUUUCACCGAAGGACUCUAAUAACAUGGAAUCUCGAAAGUCCUCGGCUCGACGUAUCCACAGACCUUCUCUGAAGUCGAAUUCAUCCCAUCUUCUUACAACUAACAUAUUUACUGGUACCGGUCAAUGUAAACAAACACCUAAUUGUGUUUUCAGCAACAAAAUAUUCAUAUUAGCACCAUGCAUAUCGUCACACCUCUGGUUAACGGAAGAUCUCCUCAAACCUCACGGUGCCACCUACAUUACAUCACUAGUUCCUGUAACCCGCAGAGUCCUACCAAAACGCUGUCCUAACACCGGCAGAAGAGUACGCGAAAUCGCGCUAGCUGAACACGGGAGAAAAGAACAGACGCUCGCAUUUAUGCAUCAGAUUAGAGGCCUCAAUCUCACUCGUUCAAAUGGCAAACAUGAUUUGAUAGAGGUGGUUGAUUGGCGCUUGUUGGAGAGAAUUGUCAAUGUGGAGCUAGGAAAUGGUGGUGAAAUCGAUGCUAUUUUUAAAUGAUAUCGGCUUGGUGUUGCUUAGUGUUGCUUAGUGCUUGCUUGCAAUCUUGCAUGCGAAUUUUGGGUGGAGGGAUGUUUUUUGGUAUAUAUUGUAUUGGGAUUAUGCAUUUUAGGCCGACUAUAUUCCUAAAGCAUUCAUCUGCUUUGGAUAUGGCUGCUCUUUGGCAUGUCAAACAUUCAUAUGCGCACGGGGGUGGAAUGUAUUUUGGUUAUAGCACUUUGAUUAUAACAUUUUGGGUACUAAUUACGGUUAUAGCAUUAUGGCUAGAACAUCACGGGUACAUCACAGCCCUGACAUUUUCCUCACGGCACAACGUGCACAUCGGAUAAAAAACAUCCUACACUUCAACACCCUGCUCUACCCAAUCCCACCAUACAGAUAACAUUUGGUACCCGCUUCAGAACUUUGGUCUAUAGCCCAUAGAACAAGAGCCAGCAUCAAAUGUCUUCUCGGACGGACAUGAGAUACCCAACCGGCCUCCUUCUCUCUUCUCUGUCUCUUUACAUUUCAGGUUCGCUAUCAAGCCUCCUGUAUUUUUGCCAUGCGCUUAUGAUGUAUAUACAUACAUACAUAUAUAUUGUGAGAAAUUUAGAAUUAUA